UAUUGUUACGGUGCUGUGGGUGCCUGUUGGGUUGUUGUUGUUUAAAAAAAAAUAAUAACAUCCGAUUCUUCCGAAUCUCUCGGUGUCUCCGAGGGUGGGUGUUUCCCCCCCCUCCGCAAAGCAACUCUCUGGAUGUGGAUGUGAACGUGGCUUUCGCUCCGAGUGGAGCCAGGCACUCCUUUCACAACAAGACCCGCCGCAGUGGCCACAGCAGCCAGAGGCGGCUUCAGAAACCUUCACUGAAGAUACUGGAGGGAGGAGGAAGGCGGGCGGGCGGGCGUGGGAUUGUAUGAGCGAAAGGCAGGGGGUGGGAUUUUUUGGAGGGGGGGGGGGGUGCUUUUUUUUUUUUUUUUUUCAUCCCGGAGAGAAACAUUUUGGGAUUUGUUGUGUACAGCAUGGAGGAGAAUGAGCAGAGCCACAGCGAAGCGGCGGCCGCAGCAGCAGCAGCAGCAGCGGCGGCGGCGGCGGCGGCGGCGGCAGCGGCAGCGGCAGCGAGUGAGGACCAGAGGCAGCAGCAGCAACAGCAGCAGCAGCAGCAGCAGCAGCAGGAAUCGGGCGGCGGCGGCGGCGGCGGCGGCAGCCCUAGCGACGGAGACACUGGCCGGAGGAGGGCUCUGAUAUUGCCCGUGGUGUUGCAGGCGCCCGGGAACCACCAGCACCCGCAUCGGAUUACUAACUUUUUCAUUGACAACAUUUUACGGCCAGAGUUCGGCCGAAGAAAGGAAGCCGGGACCUGCUGCAGCAGCGGAGGGGGAGGAAGAGGAGGAGGAGGAGGCGAAGAAGGAGGAGGAGGAAGUGCAGGAGGAGGAGGAGAGGGAGGAGGAGGAGGAGGUGGCGGCGGUGGAGGAGGAGGAGGAGGAAGUGGCGGGGGCAGCGGAGGCAGCCCGGAGCGGCUCCUCCUCUCCAACCGGGAGCACCGGAGCUCCAGCUCGGCGCCGGGAGCGGGCGGGCAGCUUCCCGGAGGCGGAGGAGGCUCUCCCGGGGACGGCGAAGGCGGCUCCAAAGCGCUCUCCUUGCACGGAGGCGGGGGCAAGAAGGGAGGAGAGCCGGGGGGACCCUUGGAAGGAGCCCUGAAGUCUCGGGGGUUGAGCGGCGGCGAUCUGUCGGUGAGCUCGGACUCGGACAGCUCCCAAGCCAGCUCUAACCCCGGCAAUCAACCCAUGCUCUGGCCCGCCUGGGUUUACUGCACCCGAUACUCGGACAGGCCUUCUUCAGGUCCCAGGUCUCGAAAACCAAAGAAGAAGAAUCCGAACAAAGAAGACAAGCGGCCCCGGACCGCCUUCACGGCCGAGCAGCUGCAGAGACUGAAAGCGGAAUUUCAGACAAACAGGUACUUGACCGAGCAGCGGAGGCAGAGCCUGGCCCAGGAGCUCAGCCUCAACGAGUCCCAGAUCAAGAUAUGGUUUCAGAACAAGCGGGCCAAGAUCAAGAAGGCCACGGGCAACAAGAAUACGCUGGCUGUUCACCUCAUGGCGCAGGGACUGUACAACCACUCGACCACGGCGAAAGACGGCAAGUCGGACAGCGAGUAGCGGAAG